UAUCCGGAACCAAACCCAAUGCAACCAUUUCAUCGAACAAUUAACAACCGUUCACCACAUUCAUACUCCCCUUCACAAAUCACCCCAAAUAACAUCGCCCAAAUUCAUGUUAAAAUCCUAUUUCAAAACCCCAGCUCAUUACGCAACAAAACCCCCCAAAUUCAUCACCACUUUCUUCUUCAGAACAUUAUCAUCAUCACCACCAAGAAGCAAAUACCACAAUUAUUACUUAAGAAAUAGAAGAAAAUGGCCACACCCUAUUUACAAAUCUCGUUGGCACCAAAAACUCAGCCAACAACACUCAAUGCAAUCACUCAAACACCAAAUUUCAUCAUCACAAUCAACACCCUUAAAUUCCCUCAUAAAUUCUUUUUCUUUAUACAAUUGUGACCCAACUCCUAAUUCUUACCAUUUUAUCCUUAAAACCCUUUUCAAAACCCCAAAUUCCCACCACCAGAUUCAAUCUAUCCUUACCCAUCUUGAAAAAGUUGCAAACUUUGAAACACCCGAAUCGAUUUUCGUCGAUUUGAUUGAGUUUUAUGGAAAUAAUGGUAUGUUUCAAGAAUGUGUUGAUGUUUUCUUUAGAAUGCCUAGGUUUAGAUGUAUCCCUAGUGUUGUGUCUUUUAAUUGUUUGUUGUCGGUUUUGUGUAAGCGAAAAGAGGGGCUUGUUGUUGUCCCACAAGUUUUGGUUAAAAGUAGGUCGAUGAAUGUUCGAGUUGAGGCGUCGAGUUUUGGUGUUUUGGUUAAGGGUCUUUGUAGGUUUAAGAAGCCGAAAAUGGCAAUUGGGUUGUUUUAUCAUAUGGUUGAGAAUGGGAUUGAGGUUGAUCAAGCUAGUUUUUCGUUGGUUUUGUUGAGUUUGUGUCGGGAAAAGGAUUUGGAGUGUGACGAGGUUAUGGGAUUGGUGGAUGAAAUGAAGGGAUUAGGGUUUCGUCUAGGAGAGAGAGAUUGGGGUAAUGUGAUUCGGUUUUUGGUGAAACGAGGGAAAGGUAUGGAAGCGUUUGAGGCGUUGAGGGAGAUGAAAUUUGAUGGGUUUAAGGGCGAUGUUAUUUGUUAUACCAUGGUUUUGGAAGGGGUGAUGUGUGCAGGGGAGUAUGAAUGUGGUGAACAAUUGUUUGAUGAAAUGGUUGUAUUGGGUUUGGUUCCAGAUUUAUAUACUUAUAAUGUGUAUCUUAACGGUUUGUGUAAGCAGAAGAAAUUUGGUGAUGCAAUUAAGAUGCUUUCUUGUAUGGAGGAGAUUGGGUGCAAACCGAAUAUGAUUACUUAUAAUAUACUAUUGCGAGGGAUGUUUGAGAGCGGAGAACUUGGUAUGGCUAGGGAAUUUUUAAAGUGUGUGAGAGCAAAGGGUGUUCGUUUGAACUCACAAACGUAUGAGAUAAUAAUUUGUAGGAUGGUUUAUACAGGUUGUAUUUCGGAAGCUUUAGAUCUUUUGGAUGAAAUGGUGGAAAAUAGAUUAGUGCCUCAAUCAUCAACAUUUGAUGAAAUCCUAUGUAGGUUGUGUAAGGAUGGAUUUGUUUCAAAAUCACUAAAUUUGCUUAAUGAGAUGCUCGGAAAGAAUGUUCUUCCUGGGUGUAGAUCAUGGGAAGCACUCAUUGUUGGACUUCAAAUUGAUCAUAUCUUGAAAAGGAAUACUAUAGGUGGUAAACCUGUUGAUGAUUCAGUUAGCAACGGAACAACUGAAGAAGCAGUGCUAGGAAUUUGAUAUAGCUCCUUUCCCUUCGUGAGUACACUAGAGGUUGUUAUGAAAUCGAAAAUAAAGAAAUCUUCAAGAAUGUCAAGCAAUGUUAAAGUGUCUAUGCAUUUGUGUUGUUGUGUAUGAUCUUGUGGUAAGUAUUCCCAAAGUUGUAUUUUUGUCCAAGUACUUGAUUAAUGCCAGUGUUACUUGGAGUAGACCUAAGUUGUACUCCUUGAGACCUUCUACUAAAGGGCGAUCAAGAAGAAGAAAGUUCAAACGGUGUCUCGUAGACAACAAACAUUAACGAGGCCAUAAAAAUGCUUUAGUAAUUUUGCAAGUUCUGCCACAGAAAGUUGGUUAGUUCUUUGCAUCUCUUAUUCCAGCUUAUAUGUAUAAGAAAGUUGUACAUAUACUCUUGUAUGAUUAGAAUUUUAUGCUGUUUUUCAGAAUCUAUAACAGAGACUUUAUGUGAUAUAUAGUAACCA